AUGUCGAACCUUGCCAAGCUUGAAUUUGUGGCCCUUGAUAUUACUGGAAAGAAUUAUUUAUCAUGGGUGUUAGAUGUUGAAAUACAUCUAGAUUCUAAAGGGCUUGGUGAAACAAUCAAAGAGGCUAAUGAGGCAACACCUCAAGAUAAGGCUAAGGCCAUGAUAUUCCUUCACCAUCACCUCCAUGAAGGACUUAAAAAUGAAUAUUUAACUGUGAAAGACCCACAUAUCCUUUGGAGUAACCUAAAGGAAAGGUAUGACCACCAAAAAACUGUGAUACUCCCUAGAGCUCGUUAUGAAUGGUUGAAUUUAAGAUUGCAAGAUUUUAAAUAUGUUAGUAUAUAUAACUCAGCUAUGUUUAAAAUAACUUCUCAAUUGAAAUUAUGUGGAGAAAAUAUUACUGAUGCAGAAAUGCUUGAAAAGACAUACUCCACUUUCCAUGCUAAUAAUAUUGUCCUGCAGACACAAUAUAGAGAAAAAGGUUUUAAAAAAUAUUCUGAAUUAAUAUCUUGUCUUCUUGUGGCUGAGCAAAAUAACGAGCUGUUAAUGAAAAAUCAUGAAUCACGUCCUACUGGCUCUACUCCAUUCCCUGAAGAGAAUGUGACAACCCAUAACGGGAAAGAAACUAAAAACAGAGACUAUUCCAGCAGUAGUGGUUGA